AUGUCGUUUUUACAAGUAUCCCUAAAAAAUACACCCAAAUCACAAUUGAUCCAGGACAAAAUAUGCUAUCUAUGGUAUAAUCAGACAGCCCAGUACUGUUACGAUCUGCCAACCCAUGAUACUACCGGUGCUCAACAUGAUUAUAAAAGUUUAAUACUAGCCGAUGCUGCACAAUUUGCAACCUAUGAAACCUAUAUAAACACACCGUUGGCACUGUUAUGGGCGCUGUUUGUCGGCGCAUGGAUUGACCGAUAUAUUAGGGGCCGUAAAAUACUAAUGUUUGUCAGUGUGGCCACUGCUAUGUUAGACAAUAUCCUAACCAUAUUUUUGUCGCUUAAUUUUAAACUAAGUGUUUACUAUAACCUAUUGACUUAUAUACCGACGGCACUGAUGGGCGGCAAUCUGGCCUCACGUAUAGCCAUCACUCACUAUAUGACAUCCACAACACCGCCAAAACUAAUGGCCAUACGUUUUAUGAUCUAUGAAAUGGUUAUAUUUAUAGCAUCGCCAAUCGGUACAUCAUUGGGUGGUUAUAUACUCGUACAGAAACCAUUGUUCAGCCAAAUGGGUGAACUCAGGAAUACGGCCCUAUGUUUUAUCAUAGCUGCCGGUCUAGAGUUGUUAGCCCUCCUAUGGAUAGUGUUUAUGGUGGAUGAGUCGGUUGCCCGCAAACAGGAGAUACAUCCACUAAGAUUAUUGUUUAAUUUUGAAAAUGUCAAACUAAUGGUACGAACCUGUAUUAAAAAACGUCCAAACAAUGGUCGACUACAAGUGUUUCUAAUAUUUUUGUCACUAAUCAUCUAUUUUAUGACAUUUCAAGGUACCGUAUCGUUGAACUUACAAUUUGUCGAAAAAGCCUAUCUAUGGGGACCCGACUAUAAUGCUUAUAUAACAUCAAUUAAUAUGAUUAUCAAAACAUUGGCCACCCUAUCGAUUGUACCGUUUAUGAUAAAAGUGCUGAAAAUAUCGGACAUACCGUUAGCCUUGAUUGGCUAUUGUUCCUAUUUUGCCUAUAAUAUGAUCAAGGGUACAUUUAUUAUGCCAAUAGCAUAUUAUGUAGCAAUGCCAGUAUCGGCUAUUAGCGGCAUAGCAUCCAUCGGUUGCCGAUCACAUUUGACCAAAAUUGUUGGCCGCCAUGAAAUCGGUAAAGUACUUAGUUUUAUGCAGGCAUUGGAUACGAUAGCACCGGUAAUAUCGACGACAGCCCUCACGUAUAUGUUUCGCUAUACAAUGGAUGACUAUCCGGGUAUUGUCUAUCAAUUGAUUUCGGGACUAAUAUUGAUACCGAUUUGCGUAAUGAUUUGGAUCGACUUGUUUACCGAUCGGCCAGAAUUGGAUGAAUUACGUCAUGUCUACCAGUGCUUACAGUUCUUCCAGAAACAACGUCUGAGUAUCACGCUGAUCAGCUCUAUAUUUAUGUUACUUCUUCAAUCGCUCCAAUUCUUAAAUUAG